CCCCAUGCUUGAGAUUGUGCUGCGGCUUAGUGUUUUCUUCCUCUUCAUUACACACAUCAAAAGACAACACAAAAAUAUAAUCUUUGGUUCCUUAAUUGGUUUUUCGUCAGUAGUAUUAAUUGUACGUAUCUUCGAAAUGGGGGGUACCUCACCUUGUGCUUCUUGCAAGUUGUUGAGACGCCGUUGCUCCAAAGACUGCAUCUUUGCUCCUUACUUUCCUUCUGAUGACCCUCGCAAGUUUUCCAUUGUGCAUAAGGUCUUUGGUGCCAGCAAUAUCAGCAAAAUGCUGCAGGAGCUUCCAAUUCAUCAAAGAGCAGAUGCUGUGAGUAGUUUAGUUUAUGAGGCAAAUGCAAGAGUUAGAGACCCUAUGUAUGGAUGUGUUGGAGCCAUAUCAUACCUACAAAACCAAGUUUCACAAUUGCAAAUGCAGCUUGCAGUGGCUCAGACAGAGAUUUUAUGCAUCCAGAUGCAGCAACAAGAGCCUACCUUAGCCACACAAUUAGUAGACCAAGAUGACAAAUCAAUGCUCCUAUCUGUAAACAAUAACUAUGAAAUGCUUCCUCAGUUUCUUAAGUUUCCUUCAUCCUCUUCCUCAUCUUCCAAUGUAUUCCAAGACCCUGAUGAGCCUCUUAAGAGAGAGUCUUUUUGGACUUGAAUUUACCAAUCUUGUUCAAUGAAUUUAAAUUGUUUCAAAAUAUUGUAUUGUUUCUCUUAUUAUGUUAGCCUAGUCAGAAUAUGUUUGUUUGUUAA